AAGACAUGUGUACAAAUUUAAACCAGUCUUUAUUCAAAUGUGGAAGCACAGAUAUAUGUUGGCUUAUUUUUGUAAACACUUGCGGUAGACUGAGUAACGACCAGCUGUGUUUAGUUAAAGGUUUAAAAAUAACGUGUUCAAUUUGAGCACAAUGAGCCUGAUUACCAGUUUCCUAGUUAUAGAUAAUUUAAUGAUUGAUCUGAUGUUUUGAACAACAAAUGAGGUUUAACGGACCACAGUGACUGUUUUAUAUAACUAAAUAUGCAAAUAAAUGAAUUCUAAAAGUCGGACAUGUAUUGUAACAAGUGACACAAAAUCUAAUUACUUCUUGUCUUUUUUUCCUGCUUACAGUUAAUAUUUCUGAUGGUGGUUCGAUGCAGGCAAAAGGAUACCGAAAUCAGAAUAAAAUAAUAUUGGCAAAUGGAACUAUAAAUAGUCAAGAGAAUAAAAUGGGAAUGAUCGCACAAAUUUUCUUCUUCUCUGGUAAUAUCAAUCUGAGGAAUAAGAAUUCCACUGUAUCUCCUUUGCUGAAAGUGACAAAUCAGGUCGACUACUGGCCUUUUCAAUUAAAUUGGAUGAACAAUACACGCACUUAUAAAAAUCUAAAAACAUCUACCAUAAACUCACUCAACACAUCAGCAUGUUUGAACGUAUCAGACUUAUUCAAAGCGAACUGGGAAUUUCACUUAAGUUCAUUAGAAUACAGCUACCCUUCAAUUUUUUACAUUGAAGUGGUUUUCAAUGAUAUACUAUUUCAACGCUUUCGAAGUUAUCAAGACGUUAUUCAAUGGAAUGAGAAUCUUAGCGCCAAAGAAACAAAUACUUAUAAAGAUGAAGGCGAUCAGAAUAUAACAUUGUAAGUAUUUUGCCCAAAAAAUGCUUGCCAUUCAUUAUUGUAUGAUUUCUUUUGCCUAACCAACUGUUUUCUUAGGUGUGAUGCACUCCUCCUAAUCCCCUUCUCUGC